AUGGAUACAUGCCUGGGGAAAAUGGCAGAGUUGCUGGACAAUGAUCAGUUUUUGGAAAAAGUGGGGGUAAGCACAAAGCCCUGCUUGCGGAGCGCCCGCCCGCCGUGGCAGGACCAUGCAGCGACGGAGCUGGAUGGAGAUAACGGGCUUGUGAGAGUUAAAAUGAUGAAAAAUCAGUCUAAAAAGGUGCAAACCACUGAAGAAUGGCUCAGAAACUACGGUUUAGAAUCCUUGCAGUUAACACUAGAGCAUCUGGUGAAUGAAGGCAAUAUUCUGGACUCGGGAAAUGCUGUUGAGGAGAUAGAGUUAACAGAAGAGAGGAUUACUGAUUUUGAGUCCAGACUUUCUGAAGUGAUUGAACUUUAUCAGCAACGAAUUCAGUGGCUGUUGGAGGACAGCAAAAAGGUGUUCGGCCUUAUAAAAGGAACUAAAGUUGGACUUAUGGUUGAUGUAUCUGGUAUGAGUUGCGGACCAAGGCUGCUGGGUUUUCAGAAUGAUCUUUUGAGCUUAAUAGAUGAGCAGCUGUGUCAUAAGAAGCAAUUGUACUGCCUUUCCUUCGGUACUGAAAUUUCAUCUCUUUGGGAGAGUCCAAAAAACAUCGAUGUUCAUGUGCUUCAUGAAGCAAGGCAGUGGGUACAGCAGCUGGAGCCUGGUGGAGGCUGUAAUUUGCUGAAAGCCUUAAAACAUGUCCUUACAGUAAAAGAACUGGAUUCCUUAGUUCUUAUUGUAGGAAGCUGCCCUGAUCAGUCAUUGGAAAUACUGGCUGAUUAUGUUCAGCAGUGUAUGUUGGGAAGCAAACUACUAAUUCAUGCUGUUAUACAUGAUUGUAGCAAUCCUGCCUCUCUUGCAGUUAUAAAGAACCUUGCAGAAGUUGUAAGAGGUCGUUACCAUUGCUACUCUUCAAAGGGAGAGAAGUAUGAUAGUAGUGAUGUCGAUCUACUGCUUCAGGAGUACCAGAAGGCUAAAGACUUGAUCAACAACGUCAAACAGCUUUUUAGGAGAAGAAUCAGUGGUUCAUUUACGGGUAGAAGAGUGGAUGUUUCCACAAAAUAUACUACACCGUCCAACUUACCAAAGCCUCCAAAGCAUGAAGGACAAUUAGUUAUUCGAACACCAAACUUCCCAGCCAAAACUUCAAGAGACUGGUUAAAGACAAAUGGAUUGAAAGCUAAGAAGCUGAACAUUUAUCAGGUUUUGGCUCCUAAUGCUUUCUCUCCUGUAGAAGAAUUUGUACCUAUUCUUCAAAAAACAGUAGCAUCAACUAUACAUGAGAAAGCUAUGCUGCAGUUUGAAUGGCAUGAUGGAACUGUGAAAAAUAUCCAUGUUGAUGCACCACUAUUAUACAACUAUCAAAAACUCCUUGGUAAAAUGGUAAGAAUCUAUGAGAGACGAAUUGACUGGCUAUCUGCUGCCAGCAGAAGAAUAUGGGGAAGCGUUUGUGAGAGGAGGGUGGUUAUACUUGUUGAUAUAUCAGUGACAAAUUCUACGUACAUCAUCCAUAUUCAACAUUAUUUGCGACUCUUGCUUGAGGAACAAAUGUCAAAUAAGGAUUACUUCAAUAUUAUAGCCUUUGGGAAUGACAUUGUGCCUUGGCAGCCAGAACUGGUUCCUUCCCAGCCCAAAAACUUACAAAGUGCAUGGAGGUGGGUGUUGAGCUUGCAGUGCAAAGGGAGUAGAAAUUUAAUGUCUGCUCUCAGGAGGGCUGUGGAAAUAGAUUUCAAAGACAAAGAUAAACACAGAUCACAAGGAAUAUAUCUGCUUACUACUGGGAUACCUGAUCAGGAAACACACACGCUUAGUGCUUAUGUGGCUGAGACCUGCAGCGGUUGUGAUUUGCAGCUCCAUGUUUGUCUGUUCAAUGUUGUGGCAGAUGUCGACUCCGGGAGCGUUAUUCCAGCUCGCUAUGCAAAUCCAGACGAAACUGCCGGUGCUUUUAAAGAAAUUGUGCAGGCAGCUAAUGGAAGAUUUCAUUGGUUUGGAGAAGCAGGUAUUUUUGAAAGUGAUGAUAUCAACAUUAUUGUGUCUGAAAUGGAAAAAGCAAUCAGCUACUCCCACAAGUGUGCGCUCCUAGUGAAAUCCUUAAAGCAACGUUCAGGAACUCAGUCUGUUAAUCCAUUUAUACCAGAAAGACAUUCAAAGAUGCUUGUGAAGAAAGAGAAAAAAUGGCCACAGAAACUGCCAUCUCCAAAACCCACAGCUCUGAGUCUGGCUAGAAUGAUUAUUAAAAGUAACCAUUGUGAAGAGAGAAAUGCUGAUGUAAGAGCAUUGAAGUGGCGUCCUACUAGUGCCAAAGCAGAAAUUCCACCAGCGCAAACAGUAAAAGAAUGGUCUCAGAAUGGGAGUAAAAGAAAAUGUAAAUCAAAGAAAAAGCCAGAGUUCUCUAUGUCAGUAUUCUAUACUGAUAGAGGAAGAAAUGUGGGUGCUGUAUCCCGAAAGUAUCCAGAGAGAACGAACACAAGGAAGUUGGUUCCUUCUGUUACAUUACCAAAAAAAGAAGAAAUCUGUUCAAGUGAAGAGUGGCUGGCCAAGUACAGUAUUAAGAAGCUUAAACUGGAAUUGCCCAGGCUGAUGUUUGGUCCACACUGUACUCACCAAAAGAAAAUUGUGGAGUCUCUGCAUAAGAAAGUAUCAGCAAAAUAUUGUGCUAUCUUCCCUAGUGUAGAAAUCAAUGGGGUUGUGAAACAUCUGCAGUUUCGGCCUAAAGAGCUGGAAAGCUAUGUUGAACAAAUGGAGAAGGUGUUGCAGCGCUAUGUACAAAGAAUACAGUGGCUUCUGUCAGGAAGCCGAAGAUUGUUUGGUACCAUUUUGGAAGCAAAUGUCUGUGUUUUGAUUGAUACAUCUGGUUCCAUGGAGCCUUAUUUGCCACAUGUCACAAAAGAACUUACCUCCCUCAUCUGGGAACAACUGAGAAGAAAAGAACUCAGGUUUAACCUGUUGAGCUUUGCAGAAAACUUGGAGAGUUGGAGAGAGUAUCUUGUGGAGGCAACUGAUGAAGCAUGUCAUGAUGCUGUACAGUGGGUGUCCAGAUUACAAGCUUAUGGUAAUACAUGCAUCCUUAGGGCUCUGCAGAAGGCUUUUGGUUUUCAAGAUAUAGAAGCUGUGUAUGUAUUGACUGAUGGAAAACCAGACACCAGUUGCAGUCUCAUUUUAAAAGAAAUUGAAAAAUUCAGAAAGAGACAAGAUAUUAAAGUCCACACUAUUUCCUUUAGCUGUACAGACAGAAAAGCUAAUGAAUUUCUGAAGAAACUUGCUUCCCAAACAGGAGGGCGCUACCAUUGCUGUAUUGAAGAUGUGGAUGGACAAUUAGCAGCACACAGAAUGCUGACAGAAGGGCUUGAUGAUGAUGAUAAUCCAGUUUUCCCUUACUUUGAAGGAGAUGACUUAAAGAAACUUACUCAAGAAGUAACAAAAGCCAGAAGUUUUUUAAAGCAGGCAAAUUCUUUGAAGUUAUUGAUAGAAAAAUGGAAUGUAAACCAAAAGGACAAUUCUGUCUUUAAAAAAAGUGCUCAGGAUUAAGAUUUAGACCAACAAAGGGUGCUGAAGAGGUUUGGAG